GGUAUAUUUCCUUUUCAAUGUCACUUCAAUCCCUCCUAUCUACAAAAAUAGUCCGCGCGACAUCAAUCGCCGACGCCGCUUUUGAUGCUGUCGUGCUCGUCGGAAGUCAGGACAAUGUUCAACAGUUCGGAGCGAUCCAACAGGUCUCCGCAAUCGCUCCAGCCGUUAACAAUUUCUUAAAGCUACACUCUGGUGCGUUCAACUCAACGUCUCUCGUUCAAGUCGACUCAUCUGUCGUUCCAUCUGGACGACUGAUUCUAUCAGGAACUGGAAAUGUGUCACGUGACUAUGAUGAUGUCCGUCGUUACCAGGCUGCUGCUCGGAAGGGAAUUUCUAUGGCUCUUUCUGCUGGUGUUAAAUCUCCACUUCUCAUCACACUUCCAAAUUCUCGCUUCCCAAAUGCCGAACUUGUUGCCGCACUCGGAGCUCUUACCCCAGUAUACACUCCACUCAAUGUUCGUGAAGAGGAGAACAAGCAGAAGUUGAAUCAAUUGGGAUUAUUGGCUAUCGGAAACAGUGACACAUCUGCCCGUUUGGAAAAGCUUGUUGAAGCUUACGAUGCUUCGUUCACAGUGUGCCGUGAUGUUGGAGAGGCUGGACCAGAACGCAUGGCUCCACCACGUGUAGCUGAGUAUAUCCAAGGUGCAUUUGCAAAUGGAAACAUUAAAGUAACAGUCGUCGACGAUCAGAGUGUCAUUUUGAAAGAUUUCCCAUUGAUGGCUGCUGUCAAUAGAGCCGCCAAUUGUGUCAAGGAGCAUCAGGCUCGUCUUAUUCGAUUGGAAUAUGUUGGUGAAGGAGAGACUCAGGAUACAUUCUUCGUUGUUGGAAAGGGAGUUACCAUUGAUACUGGAGGCUGUGACUUGAAGACUGGAGGACACAUGUUCGGAAUGUGCCGUGACAAGUACGGAUCUGCAGUUGUCGGUGGAUUCUUCAAGGCUAUCGAUGUUCUGAAACCAAAGAACAUUAAGGCUGUCGGGUACAUGUGCAUGGUUCGCAACAGUAUUGGAUCUCAUGCUUAUACUUGUGAUGAGGUUAUCACUUCCAGAAGUGGAAAGAGAAUUCACAUUUAUAACACUGAUGCUGAAGGAAGACUUACAAUGCUUGACCCCCUCACUCUUGCCAAGGAAGAAGCUUUGAAUGCUAAAAAUCCGCAUUUGUUCACUGUUGCCACAUUGACCGGACACGAAGUUCUUUCAUACGGAUAUUACGCAGCUAUUAUGGAUAAUGGUCCAGCUAAAGCAAGUGGAUGGGCUCGUCGUGUGCAGAAUGUCGGAGAUGAAUUUGGACAACCAAUUGAGAUCAGCAGACUUCAUCCAGAGGAUUUCGCUUUCCAUAUGGCCGAAUGUGAACAGGCUGAUCUUCGGCAGGGAAAUACAAAGCCAUCAGUUGCUACCCUCAGAGGUCAUCAGACGCCAGCUGCAUUCUUGCAAAUGGCUAGCCGCAUUGACGAACAUGGCACAAACAGUUCUCACCCAUUGAAGUAUUCUCAUAUCGACAUGGGAGGAUGUUCAGGAGAUCAUCCAUCAGUUAGCUUCCCUAAUCCACUUGUCACCCUUGUCGCCGGCCUUGUGCUUCCUCACGUUUAGAAAUUUCCCGAUUUUUCGUUAACCAUUUUCUAAUGCUCUCCCUACUCAUUUUGGUGCUGUGCACCGAUGUUUUCUGCCAGGCACACAUAUUUAGUUCAAUACCGUAUCUUUCAAUUCCAUACUGAAAAAGAUAUGAUAUCAUAUCUCUCUCUCUCUCUCUUUUAUUUUAAUUGCAUCCCAACUUUAUUUAGCCCUUAUACAGGGAACCAGAGCUUGUUUCUUAUCAUUCGCCCCCGGAAUCCUUCCUCCAUUCUCACA